CUGAGCAGCUCUACACUUGCAGCAUGUUAGUUUCAGUUUUACCGGUGGUGCACAUGUGUCAAUCAAAAGCAACCGGUCUGGUCUGGAGCACGUAGUCGGGGAGCUACGAUCGCCUGAUGUUUCUGGUUAUUCACCAAAGCGGUUGCGCCGGUUUUCCAGCGUAGCGCCGUGUGGCGUGAGCCCGGGUGACGCUGUGCAGUUAAGGGAGGCUUAAAGAGACAACAGUGAAAUCAUAGCAACUUGAGGAUAAGAGGCACCAGACGAGGAAGAUAGCGACGAACGCAGAACCAUGACUUCGACUGCGUUUCGAUAGCUAACAUUUAAAGAUAACAAACCAACAUCACCCCAGACUGUUCGUUCCUGCUGUCAGUGUAAUUCCGGGUUGCCCGCUAAGCUGUGGCCCUGCAUCAUGGAGAGCGUCCAAAGUGUCACUGAAGGCUGACCAGAAGGAAUGAGGCACUCCAGGAGAUGUUCCCAAGUGGCCUUGUGGAUGCAGUAGUUGCGUUUCCGAGUGCUUUUUUAUGACUAGUGUUGCAUGUGUGUCUUUGGACACAUCCUAACAUCACCUGCCUAUUUGUCAGGCGGGGACAUGAUGCUCUGAGACUGGAGAAACGCACAACAAAGAAGCCCCUCUGGUAAACGAAGAAAAAAGGAAAAAGCUGUCCAAUAGACACACGGGUCCAUUCGGCUGCAGUUUUGGCUCAUUUAAGUGUCUUCUGAACCGCUUCGCAUUUUAACAGCAACACCUUUCCUCUGUCCUGUGAGGCGUUCCCCCCCCCCCCCCCUCUCUAAAACAGUCUCCAUUGUCAUUGGAGUUUCUAUGGUUUGCAUGGCUGGAAAAUAACCGUGGAGAGGCCAGGGUAUCACAAGCUUAUGGAUUUUGACAAGAGAGGGGGCAAGGGAGAGACAGAGGAAGGGAAAAAGAUGUCUAAGACAACAAGCAGCAGGCCUGGACAUGGGGGCAGGAGUACAGGGAGCAAUUCUGGAGUUCUUAUGGUUGGUCCAAACUUCCGCGUGGGUAAAAAAAUUGGCUGUGGAAACUUUGGAGAACUGCGGCUAGGAAAAAAUCUCUAUACUAACGAAUAUGUGGCCAUUAAGUUGGAACCUAUCAAAUCCAGGGCGCCGCAGCUCCAUUUGGAGUAUAGAUUUUACAAACAGUUGGGGAAUUCAGAGGGAAUCCCUCAGGUGUACUACUUUGGUCCUUGUGGGAAAUACAAUGCCAUGGUGCUGGAGCUGCUUGGACCCAGUCUAGAGGACCUGUUUGACCUCUGUGACCGCACCUUCUCCCUCAAGACCGUCCUCAUGAUAGCCAUACAGCUGAUAACACGGAUGGAGUAUGUCCACACCAAGAGUCUGAUCUACAGAGACGUGAAGCCUGAAAACUUUCUUGUUGGGCGGCCAGGAAGCAAGAGGCAGCACACCAUCCACAUCAUUGACUUUGGUCUGGCCAAAGAAUACAUAGACCCCGAGACCAAAAAACACAUCCCCUAUCGGGAGCACAAAAGUCUGACUGGGACGGCACGCUACAUGAGCAUUAACACACACCUGGGAAAGGAACAAAGCAGAAGGGACGAUUUGGAGGCCUUGGGUCACAUGUUCAUGUACUUCCUUCGAGGCAGCCUUCCCUGGCAAGGCCUAAAGGCCGACACCCUGAAGGAGAGGUAUCAGAAAAUUGGAGACACCAAGCGAGCAACGCCGAUUGAAGUCCUUUGUGAAAGUUUCCCUGAAGAGAUGGCCACCUACCUGCGCUAUGUGAGGAGGCUGGAUUUCUUUGAGAAGCCGGAUUACGAUUACUUGAGGAAGCUCUUCACCGAUCUGUUUGAUAGGAACGGCUACGUCUUCGACUACGAAUACGACUGGGUCGGCAAAUCGCUCCCCACACCGAUAGGCCCCAUCCCCAGUGACACGCCCGUGCAGCCCAACAGCAGAGACAAAGCACAACAGCAGACCAAAAACCCGUCGCCUGAGCCCAAAGGAAGUGAGUCUCAGCCCACUCCCGUGACCAAUAAGGAGACUCUGGGGUCGCACCUCACAGCUGAGCGGCUGGGGGGCUCUGUUCAGGUGAUGAGCUCAACAAAUGGCGAGCUGAACACUGAUGAUCCCACAGCCGGACACUCCAACGCUCCCAUCACCGCUCCCACCGAGGUUGACGUACCUGAUGAAACCAAGUGCUGUUGCUUCUUCAAAAGGAGAAAGAGGAAAGCGCUCCAGAGGCACAAGUGAAAGAAGAGAACAGAGAGAACUUGAAACAUUGUGGUCACGGUCAAGUUUUAAAUGGAAGCAACUACACAGACCCCCCCACCGCCCAUUAUCUCUU